AGGCCACUCCCCUGGUUUGUGCUCGGAUUGUUACGAGAUACCGAAGAAGAUAAAGCAGCAGGAUUUGUCAUCCUAAUAUGGGGCGUUGGGUUAAGCCGGACGUAUAUCCUCCAAUGGCAGCAAUGGGCUUCGUGACAAGUAUGUGCAUAUUUCAGCUCACGAGGAAUGCUAUCAUGAACCCCGAUGUCAGGAUUAACAAGGCUCACCGGGCCACGGCGGUGCUCGAUAACGAGGAAGAAGGGAAGAAGUACGCCGAGCACGGGCUCCGCAAGUUCCUCCGCACACGUCCACCUGAGAUCAUGCCCGCCAUCAAUCACUUCUUCUCCAAAGAUGAAUAAGCAAUCUAUCCAUGUCCAUCUGAAAAUGGAGGCAGGCGACGUGUUGGACCUUCGUUCGCAUAUUUUGAUCCUAGAAGGGGCUAUGUAUUUUGUAAUGUGCUAUAUAUCAUCCUUCUUGAUUACAACAUUGUUCUUACUUUAAAAUAUACCAAAAUAAAUUAAAAAGAACUCGCCGUUGCCGGGGAUCGAACCCGGGUCACCCGCGUGACAGGCGGGAAUACUCACCACUA